AUGGAGCGCACGUUCUCCAACACCUUCGUCGGCGGCUCGCGGCGCCGGGGCUACCGCCAGGAGUACCGACUGGGAAGCAUGCAGCGCGCCGGCUGGGUGGAGGUCAGCACCGAGGAGAGCGACGGCACCCGACAACUUCAGGAAGAGUUGAUUGCCAGGGCACGUCGCUUGUCCGCGGUGGACGCCGACUGCGCGGCGAACUGCUCCGCCUUCUGCGGGGUCGAGGACUCCGAUGCCGCUGUGAGUGGCCCCGUCGCGGACGUCAACACGACAUGUCAGGAGGACUGCCUCUUGGGCUGCACGGAUGACACUGGCAUUGCCAACACCACGAGCACCAUGACGAGCACCUCGACAAGCACCACCACGCUGCCGCCGCCGCCGGUGCGGCUGGUGCAGCCAUCAGGCGACAUCUUCAACGUGGGCGACCCCCUGCCGCAGGAUGAUGGCUUCGUGGUGGGCCGAGUGGAGGUUCUCUACGAUGGCCACUGGGGAACCGUCUGCUCUGACGGCUUUGACGACGUGGAAGCUACCGUGGUCUGCCGGGAGCUGGGCUUGACAGGCACCUAUGCGCGCUUCGACAGCUCAGCAGAGGCAGGCACCGGCGGCUCAGAAGAUCAGACCAUUUGGAUCGAUGACGUGGACUGCACAGGCGACGAGGGCUUCCUGAGCCUCUGCGGAAACGCGGGCUGGGGCAUCAACAAUUGCUGGCACACGGAAGAUGCCAAGAUCUGGUGCGAGAGCACCUCCACCACGGCCACCACGGUGACCCAGACCACCACGGCCCAGACCACCUCCACCACCACAAGCUUCGGCACGCAGACGGUGACGCCCAGGAGCGGCUUCAUCCGUCAGUCCGUGACCGGGCGCUGCUUGGGCGCUGCGAGCUGUGAUGAGAACGCGGUCCUGGAGACGCAGGACUGCGAGCUCUUUCUGCCUGGGACGAUGCAGCGCUGGAGCGUGAACACGCUGGGUAUGAUCCAGAACGAUGCCUGCCCUGGCAUGUGCAUUGCACCUGAGGGCGCCACGCCAGUGAGCUGGGCCGACAGGAACAUGCUGCUCAGGAGCUGCAACGGCACCGACGAAGACUCGAUCGAGACCACCGAGAAGCGCUUCGUCUUUCAUGACACAGGUUUCAUCCAGAGCCAGUGGAGCGCCAAGUGCUUGGACACUGACGGCAGCUAUGGCUAUGACGGCGCCGACAUCAAAUGGAAGCAAUGCGAGCUGCAGGGCUCCUGCUGGCGGAAGGGCGUGCAGUGGGACCCACUGGACAUGACGGGCCAGAGCCGCAGCACCGAGCCCAGUGAAGAGGCCUGCCAGACCCGCUGUGCGUCGGUGGCCGGUUGCGCGCACUUUGGGUGGUGGACCAAUGGGGGCUGCCACCUGCAGAACAGCAGCGCCACCUGGAUUUACAACAACGGCGCCUACUCGGGACCGCCGAUGUGUCAGGAGAUCAUCACGGACCAAGUCUGGGCCUUCGUGGAGGCGUCGGCGGACCAGGGGCCCAGCAAGGGGCUGCUGCGAAACGCGGAGUACAAGAACUGCCUCGACCCACAAGACCUGGACGCCUCCGUCGUGGAGCUUCAAGACUGCAGCUUGCAUCACCCCACCACGGAUCAAUUCUUCGAGCUGACCUCGGAAGGUUACCUCAAGAACUCGAAGAGUGGUCUUUGCGCAACGAUCUAUGACGUGACAACCACUUCUGCUGCGGAUGGAACAGUGGGCACUGUGCCCGUGUCCAUGCAAACCUGCGGCUUGCCGGAUGUCUUCCAAACCUUCCAGCUGGACAACAAGACGUCGCGCUUGCUGAUCGAGGGCAAGGGCCGGUGCCUGGGCGCUGCGGGCAGCUCUGACGGCUCAUCUCUGCUCAGCGCGGCCUGCACGGCGGAGCUGGACACCGCGGAUAUGUCGUUGUCCUGGGAGUUUGUGGACACCACAGCGGUGGCGGCGCGGUGCAGUCAGAUCUGUGGCGAGCCUGGGGAGAUCUUCGACAUCUGGGCUUUGUACGACGAUGUUCUGGACUGUCAGUGCGGCCUGCUCUUCAAAGUAGGCAACCGCCUGAACUACGUCCAGGAAGAACAGGGCAGCGCAGAGCUCCGCGGGUCUGCGCGCUUCGGGAUGGUGAAGCCGCCGGAGCCUGUAGCGCUGGAGCUUCUUCCCUCCACCGUGUCGCAGAUGGCCCCGGCCCAGUGGCCCGGGGAGGUGCCGCUGGAGACCAACAUGAGCCUGGGCAUCUUCUCGCCGGAGCUGAGCAUUCCUCAGGAGAUUCCGGAGUCAGGUGACGAGCCGACCAUGCCGUUUGGCUUCACUUACCUCAGCGAGGCUCAGACGCCCUACAUCGACGCCAUCUCGGUGAACGGCGUAGCGGACACUGUGAACAUGACCGAGGGCGACUCGAUCGUGUUGACCGUGCGCAACUUCGAUGGACUGAUGGCCACAGAUGUUAAGGUGUAUCUGGGUGUCACCCUGGUGCCCAGCGUCACCCUGGAUGCUACAACUGUGUCAUUUACGCUGCCCUUGGCCACCUACGGACCACUGGUCUUCAAGGUGAUGGCCGGCUGGAAAGGCCCGGGGACCCAGCUGGCUCUGGAGUUGCAAGUUUGGCGGAACUUUGUAUGA